GGGUGUAUGUAAGUCGUGUAUGAAAAGUGAGUGGUCUUCCAGUGUAUUUCCUUCACAACCCUGCCUCUAAUUAUUAUUAUUAGUAGUACUAGUAGUAAAUUUAUUUUCCUUUCUUUCCACCAUGUUUUUAAUAUGCUUAUAAAAUCCAUGGAGUUACUCAAAAUCGCUUCCUGUAUUGCAAGCUUGUGUUGGACCUAAUUGACCAAAUGGUGGUGCUAUGACAACUAAAUGAAAAUGCUAAAUUUGAAUCUUGUGUAUGAACACAAGAAACUUUGUUUCACUAUGAUGUAUUGAAGAGUGAAAACGUUUCUUUUAGCGUAACGAUGUACAGUGAGAUCGUACUGUCGUGGCAAAACCUCCUCGGGUUAUUACGCGUAAAACUGGCUUCCUAGUUUUUUUUCCCCCAGAGAUUUCCUGUUCAAAUGCUUAUCAUGCCCGGCGCUGUUUGGUCUCAGAGAGCAGGCCACGGGGCACCGCUGCUGGCAGCUUUAAUUGCCACUAUUGCUUUCAUAUAUAUUUUUUUUGCAUUUCAUAAGGUGCCUCAUUUCUAUAUCUUGUACAAGAUCAAUGUACAAUAGACAGAUAAAAUGGGCACUCUCUCGAUGCCUACAAGGAUAAAGCAUAUUACUAAAUGUCAGAUCAUAUCUAUAAUGUUUUACUGUUACUUCAGUUGUUGAAUUUGUACUUACAAUUGAAAGAAGCAACAUGUAUCUAGCACCCAACUAAUUCUGUGUAGUAAGACUGAUAUUGUACAACAUACUUCAUAUUUGGAACCAUAAACUACAUGUACUUAAACAUACGCGAAAAUAGCAACCACCGGCCUUUAAGUUAUAAGUAUGCUAUAAUAAUUUCUGCGUAGCACGCAUUAUACUAAUCAAUUUACUUGCAUCUUUUGCUGAGUACCCCUGAGUCACGACCUAUAUUUCAAAAGCAAUUUCUUUAAAAACAUGGGCUGGAUUAAAGGGAACAUUGUUCAAUCAUAAAAACGUUUUGAGCUGAUUCUGGGGGGUAUCAAUAGCCUACCUUCAGACACCUGUUUUCACCUUAUUGCAUUUUCUUUCAAGCUGCUCUUUUCUUCUUUUUUUUUUUUGGCGGACCAACAUCGCGAACGCUUUAAGUCGACAUAUACAGUAUCACAGGUCUCGAUUCGACUCUGAAAUAAGAAAAAUUUAAUGGGCCUACUGUAAAUGUUACGUUUCCAUUACAUUUAUCUGGCAGACGCUUUUUAUCCAAAGCGGCGUACAAUAAAUGCAGGUUUGACAAAAUAGGUAGGAGUUCAAAAGCUUUCGUUGGUUUUUGUAAAAAUAAAUAAAUAUAUUAAGGGUGGGGACUGGGUCAACAUUAAUCAAAUGUUUUUAUUGGGAGUGCUGAGACUUUCACAGUCAACAAUGAUGUCAAAGAUCCGGCGUAAACAAAUUAUACUAUAGGAUAGUAUCAAUACAUGGCUAAGUACAAUGUAAACGUUAAAACUGUCGUUUAAUCCCAAUGAUAGGUAGAUUUCGAAGUAAAGGUGGCCUACACGUCAAACCAAGCUGGCAUUUCAAGAAUCCGUGUGGUUUAAAAAAAAGCCUCCUUUUUACAUUGCACCGUUCUUCAGUUUGCUGGCGCUGUUGUGUGAAUUUUAUUGUGACGUCAUAAUUAAUGUCAUAUCGGCCAAUGUGAUGGAGCAACGAGUCGAGAGAUCAAAUCCGUCAGUCUUCGUCAGUUCGUUAGCAGAACCAGUAUACCAGCCAUGAACUCCCCAGUUUAGUUAAGAGGUGGUAAGCAUAACUGACGUUGCACCCGUUAGGGUGAACAAACUGCAUUCCUGCAGUACUUGCAGGUUGCUCUUUAUGUAGUUUAUGCAAUUGUUGUUUUUAACUUUUAUACCUAAAUUGUAUUGCUGCUGAACUAUUUUAUUUUCAAGGGGAGUUCAUCUUUACAGUUAAUUAAACAUAUAGCACAGUAAUUAGUCUGUUCUCAUAAAUGAGGUUGCAUACAUGCACACAAAUUACCUUGGAGGACGAGUGGUUAUUUUCUCAGGUAAUUACUUCAAUGCUUGAUUUGGAGAUUCAAUUUCAUUAUUAAUUUCAUUUAAUUAAUUUCAUUAUCAAUAAAGAUACAUAAAUAAUGAAUUGCAGACUGUUUUGUCUGCAUGCAUUAUUUUAACAGAAAAGCAGAAAUGGAGAACAAGGUCAUUGAGGAUAAGGAUGACUGUAACAAAUGUGAGAAAAUGGUAAGUGUUCAUCACCUGUCACCUGUUCAAGUGUGUGUGCCUCUUCCUGGCUCCACCCGCACACCUUACACGGCUCGACAGACUUCAGGACCAGGAUAUAAUUUGGGGACUCAUUCACACAACUGCAUUGGUGCUAAACAGAAUGUAAUGAUGCACAUCCCAUUUAAAUAUCCCAUCCCAGCUGGCUGCACAUCUCUCCUAUAAUCUCUACUUCGUUCCUGUCCUCUCAUUCUCCUUCCUCAUCCUUCCUGGUGAAAGUUUGACGGGAGCACGGGAACCGUGUCCCAGAUGCAGUCUCUGGUCAAGCAGGCCUGUGUGGCGAUGCAGUGCACUAAGCUCCGCUCCCCAGCGUACAGCCUGCAGUCCGAGAUCAUCAAGAAGGCCAUGGAGAACAGGCACCAGAUGCGUCAGGUGAAAUCGGCGCUGGCUCUUCGCUGCACGCUAAACUGCGCCACUGUGUUUGCCACACAAGCCUGUUAGAACUGGGGACCUGUUAUAGUGGGUCUGGGUCACCGUAACUCCACCCCCAUGUCCACGCCAGCAGGUCAUGGGGCAGUGAUACGGACUGUAGCCGCUCCUACUCUAACCCUGUUUAGAUAAUCACCCUUUGAUUUCUCUGGUGUUUCUGUCCCACCUUGCCUCUUGUCCCUCCUCUUCCUGUAGAAGAUGAAUGUGGCCACGGGCACCACACAGAUGCGAGUACCGGUCAGGCAGGUGACGCCCAUGUUCAACAAUGCUAAGCUCCACCCCCUCAGGUGCAGUGCCCAGUCCGAAGUUGGGAGGAAGAAGGUGGAGAAAACCAAACAGGCUGACCAGGCCAAUGGUGUGAAUGUGGGCACUGCGGCCCAAGUGCAGGUGCCCGGCAGGCAGGUAACAGCCAGGCAGGUGGUGGCGAUGCUGAACAACCCAAAGCUCCUCUCCCUCAAGUGCAGCAUCAUGCCUGACGUCAGGAAGAAAGUGGUAGAGUGUGGCAUCCAGACAGACCAGGCGAGACCAGAGUUCCCCUUUCAUAGGGGUGCCCUUAACACUGUGGGCACAGUGAUCACUGUGUGCAGGCAUCUUAUGCCCAUUGUUUAAACAGACCUGGAUAGAGUUCUGAGCAAUUCUCUGAGUAGACCGCCAGUGAGAGGACUGAAGUCCCUCUAUAGCUGACCUCUUGACCCUUUAACCUGACAGAAAGAGAAGUCAAAGGUCAGCAUCCCUUUGAGGCCCACACAGGAGGAGGCAAAGAGUGUCUCCAACAAGCCAAAAAUGGCCUGGAGGCGGCUGACACUGCCCAUGUCACCAGAAGUUGCUAUGAAGCACUUCCUUGAGAACUUGACCAGCUUGGAGCAGAAGGAGAUCCUGGACUUCCCUCAGAUUUGGUACCUGGGCCUGGGCGCUGAGAGGAAAAGGGGGGAUGCCAAAGACAUGCCUGAGAACUCUGAGGAAACCAGCUCCGUCUAUGAUGAUGCGAAGUGCAUCUAUAUCCCGGUACUGCGUGACCACAUUUCCUACCGCUACGAGAUUCUGGAAAAGCUUGGGCAAGGAUCUUUUGGCCUGGUUCUGAAAUGCCUGGACCACAAGACCAAAGAGCUGGUGGCCCUGAAAAUUAUCCACAACCAGAAGAGUGCCAGCCGCAUGGCCCUCAGGGAACUGGAGAUCCUGGAUGUGGUCCGGAAGGAAGACAGCGAGAACUGCUACAACGUUAUCCACAUGAAGGAACACAUGAACUUCCGGAACCAUAUCUGCAUUGUCUUCGAGCUCCAGGGAAUGGACCUGUACAGGCUGAUCAGGAACAACAACUUCCAUGGUUUCACCUUGUCCCAGACACAUCACUAUGCUGCCGCGCUGGUCACCAGCCUGCAGAUGCUCCACAGGAAAAAAAUUAUCCACUGUGACCUCAAGCCGGUAUGAUGUCCUGUAGUAGACUGGAAGGGCACUAACAGU